AUGUCAUCAAAAACAUCAAUUCGCAAUUUCAUUUGCACUUUAUUACUUGCUGUCCUUAUCAUUCAAGCUCUUGCAGUUCCUGUACCAAAUCACUCCAAUAAAUCCGUUCAACCAACUUCCCCUACACCCGACCAACCACAACACGCUACACCAACCGUCAAAAAGGUGAAAAAUCAACAACCCGCUGUAACAAAUGUCAAAGUGAAAAAUCAACAACCCGCUGUAACAAAUGUCAAAGUGAAAAAUCAACAACCCACUGUAACAAAUGUCAAAGUGAAAAAUCAACAACCCGCCGUAACAAAUGUCAAAGUGAAAAAUCAAAAACCCACCGCAACUGAUGGCAAAGGACCAAAGAAGACCUCAACGCCACAAAAGUCCUCGUCAUCAGACGGUCAAAAUUUAAUUACAAAGCUUACGGGAAAAAUAUUUAAGGGAGAUGCUACAUUUUACAAUACUGGUUUAGGUGCUUGUGGUAUUACAAGCAAUGAUAAUCAAUUAGUAGCCGCAUUGCCGGCAGCAGAUUAUGAUAGUUUAAUGACAGAUGGUAAUCCAAAUCAUAGUGGUGCUUGCGGUAAAAUGGCUACAGUAGUUUGUGGUGGUAAAACUGUUACGGUGAAAAUUGUUGAUAGGUGUCCUAACUGUAAGAGUGGUGAUCUUGAUAUGAGUCCAGCAGCGUUUGAUUGCAUUGCUGAUCGAUCUGUAGGACGUAUACAAGUUUCUUACACUCUAAGUUAA